GUAACAGGAGGGGAGGCUGAUAGUGUGUGUGUGAAUAAGAGAGCCACAGGGGGAAUGAGAGAACGAGGGAGUGUUGAGUCCAUCAGUGACGGAGUCGGUGUGUUUGAGACAAGGAGAGAGAGAGGGAGAGAUUUCCCAGCACAGUUUGAUCGGCACCUCGGUUCUCCCUCCCGCUGUGUGAGUUACGGCUCCAACACUUCCAACGAUCACAGAGGAUUUUACCCUGAGCACAAGCAGUUGACUCAAUCUGCCAGAGAUGAGCGUGGAAAUGAACGGGCGCGCCGUGCCACCUUCCAUACCUGAGGAUGGCGAAGCCCCGGACCAUAUCCGCCACGGAGAGAUGAACGGCUAUCACCAGAGGCUUCAGGCUGGGGAUGGGGGUGAGGCUGAGCUCCCAGUGUCCAAGACUCAGAGGCGGAAGAGUGACGUCAAAGUCUAUAAAGAGUUCUGUGACUUUUAUGCUCGCUUCAACAUGGCCAACGCCCUGGCCAACGCCAUGUGUGAACGGUGCAAGAGCCGCUUCGCGCCAGCGGAAAAGAUAGUGAACAGCAACGGAGAGCUUUACCAUGAGCAGUGCUUCGUCUGCGCGCAGUGUUUCCAGCAGUUCCCAGAGGGACUCUUCUAUGAGUUUGAAGGCAGGAAGUACUGCGAACAUGACUUCCAGAUGCUGUUCGCUCCUUGUUGCCAUCAGUGUGGUGAGUUCAUCAUUGGCCGUGUGAUCAAGGCGAUGAACAACAGCUGGCACCCCGAGUGUUUCUGCUGUGACCUUUGCCAGGACGUUCUUGCAGAUGUUGGAUUUGUUAAAAACGCCGGACGGCAUCUGUGUCGCCCCUGUCACAACAAGGAGAAAGCCCGCGGUCUGGGAAAAUAUGUCUGUCAGAAGUGUCACGCCAUCAUUGAGGAGCAGCCGCUGCUUUUCAAGAACGACCCCUAUCACCCGGAUCACUUCAACUGCAACAACUGCGGUAAGGAGCUGACAGCGGAUGCCAGGGAGCUGAAAGGCGAGCUCUACUGUCUGCCCUGCCAUGACAAGAUGGGCGUCCCAAUCUGCGGGGCCUGUAGGAGACCCAUCGAGGGCCGCGUGGUCAACGCCAUGGGCAAGCAGUGGCAUGUCGAGCAUUUUGUGUGUGCUAAGUGUGAGAAACCCUUCCUGGGUCACCGUCACUACGAACGCAAGGGCCUGGCUUACUGUGAGACGCACUACAACCAGCUGUUUGGAGACGUUUGCUAUCACUGCAAUCGUGUCAUCGAGGGAGACGUGGUGUCUGCCCUCAACAAGGCCUGGUGUGUCAACUGCUUCGCCUGCUCUACCUGCAACACCAAGCUCACUCUCAAGGAUAAAUUUGUUGAGGUGGAUCUGAAGCCUGUGUGCAAACACUGCUUCGAAAGACUUCCAGACGACUUGAGACGUCGGCUGGCUAAGCGUGAACGUGACUCAAAAGAGAAGAAGAAGAAACCACUGAUACCCAUGAACAAGUUUGUGGAGUUCGACAUGAAGCCGGUGUGUAAGAAGUGCUACGAGAAGUUCCCGUUGGAGCUGAAGAAGCGGCUGAAGAAGCUGUCCGAAGCUGCUGCACGGAAGUGAACCGACGGUUAAGCAGCUGAAGGAGAUGAAACCUUGAGGUGGCCGACCCCACGACCCCCUCACCUGUAGCCCCACACCUGCAAAGUGCCUUGAUUUCAUCCUCCUUAAACUGGUUCAGCUUCGCUCGUCAAGUGUCUUUUUGAAUAAAUUCUGUCUUUAUACAUUCGCUUGUUUCACUGCGAUUUACAUUAUAUGUUCGAUAUUUAAUAAACCACAAGAGACGUGGAAAUAAGACUGAAAAGCUGGGCUGGCAGGUUGUUUAAUCUGUUACCUAAAGCCAAAAUUGCCUCCUGUUAGAAUAAAGACAAUACAUAAACGUAAAACGAGCUAAAGAAAUAUGUUUUAUUAAAUGUCUACACACAACACAAUAAACCGUUACAGGCGUUUUACUAAACUAAAUAUAACUAAAUGUGUAUCAAGUUUAAAAGAUAAUGCAAAUUUGUGCUCCAGAUAAUGAUUUUGUCUAACAUGCAUCUGAAUUGAACGCAGUAUUUUAGACGACACGUUACAGUAUUAGUUUAAAUUUUUCAUAGAACAUGUCAAUAGCUUUUAGAGUUAUACUCACAGAGAAAUAAUAGUGGUUGUUAUUGUAGAAAAAAGUAAGAUGUAUUUAAUUAUUAAUUCAUGAAUUAAUAAGAAGUGUAUAAAGAAUUGAUUAACAUGUUAUCAAGCACUUCUUAAUAUUAAUUAUUCCUAGUUAUUAAGUCACACAUAACAGACAUUCAGUGACCUACUUGCUAUUCGUCAAUUAAAAAAUGCUUUGUUGCUGAAAUGUGCGAUACCAAUGAACUUGAUGAUGAAAAAUAUCACAAAUAUAGUAAUGAAAUAAAUCCCAAUUUUUUACCCACUCUUAAUUAGUCGAUACAUAAUAUCAAUACUGAAGCAGAAACCUGUGAGUGCUCAGCCACUCCAACAUCUGCACUUCCACUUGUAAAAGUCAGUUUUGUUGAAAACAAGUGCUGAACACACGAGGUGCCACUGUGACAGGAUUUAAGUUGCAGCAACUGCUGCCGCAUGUGUCUGUGUGCGCGUGCUACAACUUGUGUUGUGUGCAGGGACCGGAUGUGAGAGUCAUGUUCAAUGUUGAGAGCUUUUGCCUGUAAGUCCAGUGAAUGAAAGCGAUCCUCUUUACUUCCUCAGCUCAGGCUUGCUUUGCAAAACAAAGCGGCAGCCCUCAGUUUCAAAAUAACUAUUUACCCACCGUAUUUUACCUUGCAAGGCUUUGCUCUUCGUAUUUUGAUUCACUAGGAAAAAAAAAACAAAACAUUCCACAGUUGUGUAAAGCAGAAGCACCCAAUGGACUGAUUGUUGCUAGGCAGAACUUCAGCAGCACUAUAAAUACUCCAGUUUUAUUUGCCAUGUUACACCAUGUGUCGACUAGAUUAUGUUUUAUGGAAAGAUGCUUGUGUCGUAAUGUACUUUUCGUCUGAAGACGCACCAAAGUGCAUGAUUUAUGUUUUCCUUUACUGCUGCUUAAAGUCCUUUAUUGGCACAAUAAACACAAUUUGCCAAAGCUUGAAA